AUGGAGAAAAUAAUCAAGAAGUCGUUGAUGCCAUUCCUCGAGCAGCAUCGCCUCCUCUCCGAUGCCCAACACGGUUUUCGAAGUGGUAGGUCCUGUCUCAUUAUUCCGCUCUUUUAACUUGAACAUUGGACCAAGAGACGCGACAAAAGCUAUACGGUGCAUAUCAUCUGCACUGAUUUCGAAAGGCUCUGGACAGCGUUACUCAAAAAUAUCUUUUGCACAAAGUGCACAACGUAGGAAUCAGUGGUAGCCUUCUUAUAUGGGUUCAGAGCUUUUUGAUUGGACGAUCCCAAAGGCUGCAGGUCGUGCGCUAACAAACCUCAGAGGUAACCGUGGUAAGUGGCGUUCCAUAGAGUCCAGUCCAUGGCCCCAACUUUUACUUGUUUUCAUCAAUGGCUGCGUCAGGGACCUAGGCUGCGGUGGCAUCCUGUUCGCUGACCGUAUACAACUGUUAAAAGUUGCUCAAAAUGCAGGAGCCGGAGACGACCUGCAAACAAACUUGAACAGACUCGAGGACUGGUCGUAGCGCUGGCUUAUGCCCGUGAAUAUAUGUAAGUACAGCAUUUUUCAACACGGCAGCUGCAGAGCCCGUAUUCCAAAACUUACCUUCUUCGCGGUACACCAACGAGACCAGUUGACAGUCUGAUGGACUUCGGUGUGGAGGUUGCAUUUUCACUCAAACCAGCAUUGAGCGGCGUGAGGGUGGUCAAGUCAUCUAUGUCUACAUCGUAACUCAUGGGCGAUCCUUUACGGGAUUUGACAUAGACACCCAUGGUGCUGCCGCAUCUAGUAUACGUCAUGCAGGCAUGGAGAUCUUGGAUUCCCAAGGACUGCACCGUCUUAGUGAUGGUUCAGAGGCGGGCUAUAAAAUGGGCAGAGGUCUCGGAACACCGCUCUAUAAAAAAGACUGUCAAAUCUCAAACUGUUCCCCUUUCAUACAUGCAACCACGCGGUGAUCUCAUAAUAAUCUUCUGCAUUAUGGAUGGCCUGGACUGUUGCUUUGUCCCCAGUAAUUUUUUCUGUUCAGGCUAACGCGUCCACUUUGUGAGAUCAUCCCCUAAAACUGCGAUCGGACAAAGCAGGGAUCAAUGGGAAAAAAAUUUUCUUCAGUAACAGAGUAGCUGCAGCGUGGAAAACCCCGCCCGCUAGUGUUGUACGCUCCCCCAAUGCUGGUUCACUUAUGUGUAAACUCGACGCGUUUCAAACUUUUCAACUGCCAGCCACACGCACUUACAUAACCAGUCAUCAUGUUUCACUACUUGCAGUGGGUGAAUAGACCCUCAUGUUAACCAAUGUCGACUAGCCAACAGCUGCCUGUUAUUCGCAUGAAAUUAUGAAAACCAUUCUUCGUUCAAUUUCUCACUUAUAGGUGCUCCCUCCUAGACCAUCUAUUCUACCUUAUAAUCCGGACACCUGUGAAAAGCCUUCUGGGGGACACAAACGAAAGCCGCGACCAGUCCUAAGCAAGUGCCCAAAUAAAUUAACAACCGGCAACUAACUAACACCCAAAUUUAAUCACCUCGAACGCCAGGCCGAUGCCAAAGUCCUUCAAGUUCUACGAAAGGCGAAGUAUUCGUGACCCCAGAAAGUUACAAACUUAAGUUCCCAUAUUGUAUAUCUCGUUCUUUUUUGUACCCUUUCCUAUUAUUUUACCCUGGAACUCAGAUUUUAUAUAACUAAAUACGAACACAUAACUUGGCCUCUAGCGACUAAGCAGACAUCCCAAACAAAUCUGGUUAAAGUGCAGUCGAAAUGGAUAGAUAGAUAGAUAAUUUUUAUUAAAGACCCGUCGGGGUCCCAUCAAAGCAAGUUAAAAUAAAUUUACAUGCGAGUUUAAGACGAGGUAGGCCGAAUCUUUACAAAAUGCAAUUCCUAGUUUCUAAAUUAGAAGUCCAUUGAGAAACAUGAUGAUUGAGGGGUGAAGAAAACUCCUUACGAAAAGUUAAAAAUGAUUGGAUUACUAUUACAGGAGAAAAAAAAACCCUCUUUAAAAAUAAUAACAGAAAAAAGCGAGCAGGACUGGCCUGUAGGUGGCGGUAUAUAACGGAAUGUUGUCGGUCAUCGUCAGGGUAGCAAUAAAUGUCCGCCUUGAUGGGUACGAAUGUGGGUCAGACAGGACUGGCUUGCAAAUGGCAUUGUAUACGGGAUUCACAAUUGAGAUCGUCUGGGCCUGAUUGGUACGCCGCGUCAAAGAGGCCAGACGAGAGGAACCGAGAUGCGAUCGGCCACAGCACGCUUCGAGCUCAGCCGAGCAGUGAGGAAGGGAGGUACGACCGAACUACUAGUAGACGGCGAAUACUGUGGGUUACGCCCUGAGCGUCGACAGACCGCAUGAGGUCGGAAUGCGGGAGAUGACAUCAAAAACCGCGAAAAUUGUCGCUAUGGGGGAGGAGUGAUAGCAGUGGAUUUAGAAACCAAUUCAAAACAGGGGUUUCUAAUGAUAUAAUUAAGAGUUACCACUAGAUCUACCACUAAAUCCCAGGAGGACCCUUCUCGAAGUCAAGAAUCUGAGUGUUAGGAAAUGAGACCGUUAACAGUGCCUUUAUGCUUUCCGGUGUAAGAUGGUUGCGUAAUUUCGACUUGAAUACCAGUAACUUAGGCGAUAAUCUAAUUUCAGGCGGAAGAUUAUUCCAAAGGAAGGCAUAUUUGGAAGCAAAGAAGAGGGAGCGCUUAGAUGUAGUACAAAGAGGCGGCGGAAUCACCAUGCAGGAGUUGCGCGUGGCAUAAGACCGAUCUCUCGGAGUGAAAGUGUCAAUGUGCGGAAGACUGGAGCUAGAGUUGAUGCGAAAAAGUAAGCAAAGGCCAGCUUCGAGUCUUCUAACCCACAAAAACUUCAUGCUCGCCAGCUGACAUCUCUGAGUAUAAGAAAUACUGGACGAAGCUUGAGUUCGGUUUAAAUUUUUUUCCUGGUUCAAAGCGCCCAAGUAGUUAUAUAAUAAACCUAUUCUAUUGUACAGGUGUGGGCCUAUCUUCCCCUUAACGAAAUUGAACUGAACUGAUGUUGAGAUUGGGAUAGGUGACUGACAGAGCUGAAAAGAGCAUGACUCCGCGUGUCCCACCUACAACCCAGCCCUCAUACACACACCCGAAUUUCCCACAUAAGGGAGUAGAAUUCUCGGAUCUCAUAUGCAGCGGAGGAGUUAUACUCAACAACUGAACACAAAGGAAGUAAUCGGGACUACAUAACCAACAUGACGGAAGUGUUGUCUUGGCGUUAAGAAGAGGGAAGACCAGAAGAAUCAACAAAUAAGAUCGAAACACAUGUUGUCUUGAUCUUUAGUGAGAGGGGGAGUGGAAGCAAAUAAUCGAACAACUGAAUUCCCAACACGCACAGGGCGUUUAGACUGCGUACUGAACCACGCUGAAAUACUGACAAACAAAAAUAUACUGGCCAAUAAGUUAGCAAAGUCCAACCAACUCUCAUUCAAAUGAGAACCUGAGGACAUAUCACCUGAAAGAUAUAAGGCUCCCCGCAGAAUCUUUACAGAAGGAUCUCGGGGUUUGGAUACAGAACAACCUGAAACCAACACUGAAGUGCCACAAGGCUACAAAAACGCCAUGGCAGUGCUGCAUGCAAUCAAGAGAGCUUUCGUUAACUUUGACCAAGACAUUUUUGGGAGAGUUUACGACACUUUGGUUCGGGCCCACUUAGAAUAUGGCAUACAAGCAUGGCGGCCGUGGCUAGUAAAGGACCAAGCAUGCCUCGAACGAAUACAACGCCGUGCAAUUAAGCUGGUAAACGGUCUAAAAAGUCAAUCCUACACAGACAGACUGAAUUGCCUUAAUUUAUUCCCUCUGUGUUACAGGCAGCAAAGAGGUGAUCUUAUCCUCGUCUACAAGAUAAUACAUGGCCUUGAGCAUGGACUUAAAUUUGAAGACAUGUUUCAGUGGCACCUUUCACCUUAUCAUCGUGGUCACUCGAUGAAGUUACGGACAACAAUGUCCAGGCUGAAUCUUCGUUCAGAAUUUUCCACGCAGAGGGUAGUGGAGAAAUGGAACGAUCUCCCUCAGUCAGUCGUGGAGGUUACGUCUCCGCAACCCUUCAAGAGACGCUUGGAUGAUUAUUUGCGCCCCCUGUUUUUCCUCGACAGUCUGAAUCUGAACUAAGACCCCACGUUCCCACAAAUAUUUCCUUUGAGACAAUGCUACUCAAAUGAAUCAAGUGCUGUUUUAAUAGCGAAUAUUUUUUGUUCGUGUACAGUUAUUUCUAAGGAGCUGACAUGUAAUCAACAGGGUUUUCAAAGGCUUUAACUAUUAUCCUUACCAAAUAAACUGAAAUAAACUGAAACUAUGCACAGAUGCAGCUACGCAAUCCGGUAGGAAGUAGUCGAACUGGGAUGAAGAUUGUUCCGCGAAAACCCUAGAAACUAAACGACAGAGAACGGGACUUUAUGAGACCAUAGGUAUUUGCGCUGACGGUCAUUCUUCGUAAGAAGCAGGAGAUUUCUUCAGACAGAUACUAAUAUGUAAUGACAUGGUUUUCUUAUGAAAAUGCUGAACCACAUAAAUUAUUUUAGACACUGGUGGCGGGGCGAUCGCCGAUCAUUUUUGCGGAACCCAUUCGUCCCUUUGUGCUUUAGGGCUCUCUCUCAUGCCGAACCGGCAGGCGCAGAGCUGCGUAUGAUAUAGGCUAAAUAGCAUUAUAGAUAAAGGCAAGGGAGAAUGGAAUGGCCAUUUCUGGAUCGUCAGCUGCUGUCAGUCAGUCAUACUCAACCCCGAAGUGUGAAGCAUCUGGGGCUCAUUUCCGCGAUCCCGCAACGCUUAUAACCACUGAAGCCAGUGGCUCGUUGUUCUGUCGGUUGCGAUCUGGAAUAUAUAGUGGUUCUGUAUGAGAGAGAGCCCUAAUGCACAACAGGACGAGUGGGUUCCACAGAAACGCUCGGCGAUCGCCCCGCUACCAGUGUCUAUAAUAAUUUAUAGAGUUCAGCCUUUUCAUAAGAAAAUCAUGUCAUUACACAUUAGUGUCUGACUGAAAAAAUCUACUGCUACUUACGCACAAUGACCAUCAGCAUAAACAUCUUUGGUCUCAUAAAUACUCCCAGUAGCCAACAGAACAAGGACAGCACUCACACUCCCUAAUCAGACUGGGGGUGCGGUGGUCGCAGUCAAUAGUGUCUACUUGACGGGUGUUCUCGAAACGUGACAAUAAUAAUGUACGAGUUCCAUUUUGAAGAAGAAACGGAUGGAUACCGAUAGAAGUCGUAAAUUAUGUACAGAAACGCAGCGACAUUCAAUCCUCAAGGCCCGACCGGAUCUGUAAAUGCGCUUAUCUACCUGCUAGUAUGUUGUGGGUGUUGCCGCAUAUGCCACGUGAGAGUCAGUCAGCGUAAUCUUGGUCAUUUUCUUAGGUGGUGGCCGAGUUUAUGGAUGCUUGUUAUGAGCUGUCAUACAGACUAAAUUUGCGCAUUCUACAAUAGCUCGAAGGCUGAGAUUACAUGACUCACAUUGCAACGGAGGGGCCAAAUGCGGAUGGGUUAUAGGCGUUUAAAACGCCACAAGUUGCUUGAAAGAUAUACAAACACUCCAAAAAUCGCGAAAUGGCCCGGGGCUCGUAGCUCGUGUGAAUCACCGCGUAUCCACUGUUUAUUGGAUAGUAUCGGCGCAACCCAAAUAAAUCACAAAAAUUGCUUGUUUUUCUCUUUCAGUGACAUCUUCUCGGUCAAUUAUCGACAUUAACCGCCACUUGUGGUUUUUUGGCUCCUUACCUUUUGGAUGCGGGUUACAUUACUACCCCUUUUUGAAAGCUGACUGGGUCCACCCCAAAGGGUGCUGCAGUCUUAAUAUUUACUCUGUCACAUUAACGGUUCAGGAGUAAUUUCCAAUCUACAUGUUUAUGCCUCUUUUAGCUGGCGAUGGCACCUCUAAAUGUGCACUGAAUAAAUUUACUUAGUUCAAGAAUUAUAGUCUGCAUCAUCCUCUCCACUGUUCACAAGUAUCUGUCAGUAAAUAUCUACCUUAUAUUAGACGAGAAAGUCCGUACCGUUCUUGAUUCCACGAAAUCAACGUGAAACGCUCACUUCAGAGCUUACAAUUGUAGGAAUCAUUUUACUGGCAUUGCUGGAGCCAAUUUGUGGCCGCAACAAAGACAGUACAGAGUUGUGUGAAAUUCGGUACUCUGGCGGGCUCAGGCGGCGGCCCACUCCGGAAGGCAAGCCGUAUCGAUCCGUGUGUCCCUGUGCAUGUAAGCGCACUUUACGCGACCAAACAUACGGUUAUCCUUCUCAGGAUCAUUCCCGUUGUUCGUAACGCCAGACGUCUACAGCCUACUCGACCCGAGAUGUCCGCGAUUCCGCCUGUGAGAUGAUGUGUACGUGCAUGUGUAUGCAAAAUGAGGCUGUUCGCGCCGGUCCGUGACCGCGGCGGCUCGGGAGCCACUGUAGCCGUCAGCUUGACUGAAAAACGUUAUUGGGGCAGAUCGACCUAAUCUCUAAGUAACACGAAUCGGACCUCCAGCAUCUUCCGUUGCGCACUUUUAUAUUUAAUUUCUUUUCUAAAUCGAUGCUUGCAGUAAUAGAACAAGCGCUUGCUCCAGGUGAAGAGGCCGUUCCCGGACAGCAUGGCUACCUGCUGGAUGUCCACGCAAUCUUACAUCUAGAUAAGGAAACAUACGAACAGGAAAAUCUAGCCACCGGUCCCCUUGAGCGUCUCCGAGUUGUAAAUUGAUUUCAUCAAACAUCGAACGUUGCCGUAAAUCCGUUACAUCCGUUUACGGAACCGUACUCGAAAGAGUCACGUGCUUUCAACGUAAUUCUUCACUGCCAUGAAACAUCUAUGUGAACACGUAUUAGUAAACUGGCGGAAACCCAAUUCGAACGACCUGAAAUAUUUCCUUUGGCGCGGCAGUUAUUAAGCAUAGUUUGAAUGUGCUGGACGAGGUGGUCCUUAGGCAUGUAGGCCUAGCCCUUUGGUUACCCACUCGCCAAGGAUCGCGUGGUUCGAUACUGCUUCCCCUCAUGACUUUUGAGCUUCAAAUCCAUCGGCUCGCUAAUCGUUCACAUCGGCUGAAACGUCAUAUGCUUAGUGUGCAUGCUUAUGUAAGGGGGGACUUAUGUCUGUUUUUACUUUUCAGGCAUUUGAGUCCUACCGCUGCUUAAAAAAUAACCUCAAAAUGUUUAUUGCCAUCAACGAAGAAAGAAAUGCAAAUGACUCCUGA